AUGGACGAAGCCCACCGGCAAAUUGAUCAGAUCGACGAAGCUGCAAAGCUCGCCUUUGCUAAUAAUGACUAUUUUCUACAAAUAUUUGAUACAAUUUUGGCAGUCUCAUUGGCUCAACCUAUAACUUCAAACAAACUACAAUCGAAAUGCUUGACUUUUUUUCAUCGUUCAUUUUAUGAAAAACAGAUUCCCUUACAACAGCGUCAAGAAAAUUGCCAUAAACUAUUACCCUUAUUAAAUAGAUUUAUUAUAAAUGAUGAAAAUUUCAUUCAUAUUAAUAGACUGAAUUAUUCUUUAAUUCAAAAAUCAAUUGAAAUUUUCUCUUCUGUUUAUGACUUGCUGUUUCAGCACCUAAUAUCAAACCCGGAUGUUCAAUUGUGGAAUCAAAUAACAAUUUUAAAGGACUUUCUGAUUAAAAAUUGGAACACCUCCUACCCUUUAUUACCAACAAAUCCUAAAUCAGACAUAAAUAGAUCUUUAGGGUGUAAAAUUUCAAUCGUCCAAACGUUCAAGAAAAUUAUAGUCACCCAGUUGCCACCACCUCCGAAUAUAGAUCCAGAGAAUGACUCAGAUAUAUCCAUUGCAAAAGUUCCAAAAAACCAUCCAUUCCUUUAUAAUUCUUCACUAAACAAUCAGUCACACCUAUUGAUUGAUUCGUUAUUAAACUUGUUGGGUGGUGAUUCUCUUCUAUCGACAUCGUUCUUUGCUGCAAUAAUAACUAAUUUAAUGUCAAUUUUUAGGAAAAGGCCUAAUUUUAUAUCAAAUAAAAUAAUGAACUUUAUCUUGGCUUAUGAAUCACAGUUUAAAUCAUCUUCAAAAUUUGAAAAAAACAACUUAAAAAUUCAACUCAUCAAAAGAUUUAAUGAUAGAAUAGAUAAAAUAUUAAUGUCUUUGCUGCUUAAUAAAGGUUUUAUUGAGAAAGAUCCACCUUUGAAGUCAAGAUUCUCAAAUAAGCUGUCUUUUAUUACUGAGAUGCAAAAUAAACAGAAGAAAAGAGGAAUAUUAAGUAUAGAAGAGGAAAGUGAUAGCGAGGAAACCCCAAAUAAGCGUAGAAAGAUAGAUCCGACCUUCUAUUAUGAUGAGUCUAAAGUUGUCAAACAAGAGAAUUUUAGAUCUUUAUAUAAGCUGACAACCGAUGAAGACAUUGAAGAUAUUUCAAAUAUAAGUGCUGAUAAUUUGAACAAACUAAUAAUUGAGUCAAUUUCUAAAGUUGAUGCAAAUAGAUUAAAUUAUGGAUUAGAAAUCAUUAUUUCAAGAUAUCUUGAUUUAUAUAAAAGGUUCGAAUUUAGGGAAAAUAAGCUAAAGGAAUCGGAGAAGGCUAAAUGUGAUGAAAUAGCCAAAAAGGAAUUGGAACAGAAACUUAAAGCAGCAUCUUCUAGUACGUCUUCUGCUACUGCGACAAAUGCAGCUGCUGUGACAGCAGCUGCAGCAAUCUCUAAACCGUCUAACUUUAUAGAUGAUGAUUAUGAUCCUAGCGCUGAAAAAUCCGAAGGUAAAAAACAUGUUAUUGAUGAAGAUGACGAAAACUUCGAUGAUUCUGACUUUGAUCUCGACUUUGACAUGAAAAACGAGAAAUAUGAGCUGCCAGAACCAAAAUCACUUGAUCCAAAGGCAAAAGUGAAGCAGGUUGAACUUUUGGUAGAUAAUUUGAUCAAAAGGUCAAAUGACGGCAAAAAGUGGGUAAGAUAUCUAUCAAGAUUGGCAACUAGAGGUACAAAUAUUAACGAUGAAAUUGCAAAUUAUAUAAGAGACCAGCUUUUUACAGUCUUCAAGAAUAACAUCAAAUCUCAUAUUGACGAUCUAGUUGAAUGGUUAAAUGAAGAAUACUAUACUCAGUUUAUUGUUCAUCGAGAUUCAAUCGAUCACGUAGAAACUUCUUCUUAUCUGAAGUAUACAACUCUUGUGUUAGAUUAUUUGAUUCCAUUCCUUGAAAUCUCUGAUCGUACAAUUUUUAUUAGAUUGCUAAGUGAACUGCCAUAUCUUGAUUAUUCCUUAAUCAGCAAACUGAAGUCGAUCUGUCUUGACCCACUUCGUUCUAAAUUAGGCUUUCAGCCUAUUCUUUAUUUGAUUAUGUUCAGGCCUCCUGUUUUUGAUACCUGCAUCAAAGUUGUUGAGGAAUUGUACAAGGAUGCCAUUAAUAAAAACAACGAGCAACUAAAGAAUGAAUCUGAAAAUAUACUAAAGAAAUAUAAACCUGAUUCUAUCACUAACUCUACAUAA